CUUUGUCACUUUGGAUACCCGAGCAGUAACAAGACUUGGUGUGUGGCCAGGGUGGCUCAGUGUUUUUCUUAGCUGGACGGGACUAUUCUGUCAAGGUCACUGCUAGUCCUACCUAGUAUUCCAUUUGUAGAGCAUCCGAGGAAACGGGGAGAGGCACGGGGUAUCAGCAAAGUGGACCUGGCGUGCUCCGAGAGCCACCCAAGGACACCAGACUGGCCGUGGCUUUGGUUCCGGCUGCCGUGUGAUGGAACUGUCAAGUGGUUAGACCAGGUGCACCGCUUUAAGUAGAAUGUGCCUUUUCCCUCUUAUACCUGCUUUGAGCUGACGGAUCCUGCCGCGCAAAGGCAGAGGGGAACUCUCUGUGACUAUUAAAGAUGAGAAUUCUCCAGCCAACUUCUGGGAUUCUAAGAACAGGGGCGUCACUGGAACCCAAAAAGGACAAAUUGUCUGGAGAAUUGAGCCUGGACCCUACUUCAUGGAACCGGAGAUCAAAAUCUGUUUCAAGUACUACCAUGGCAUUAGCGGAGCCCUGCGAGCCACAACCCCCUGUAUUACUGUGAAGAACCCGGCUGUGAUGAUGGGGGCGGAAGGCAUGGAAGGGGGUGCUUCCGGAAGUCUGCACUCUCGGAAGCUCGUCAGCUUCACCUUGUCAGAUCUCAGGGCAGUUGGGCUCAAGAAAGGGAUGUUCUUCAAUCCCGACCCUUAUCUUAAGAUGUCCAUUCAGCCAGGGAAGAAGAGCAGUUUCCCAACGUGCGCCCACCACGGGCAGGAGAGAAGGUCCACCAUCAUCAGCAACACCACCAAUCCAAUUUGGCACAGAGAGAAAUACUCCUUCUUUGCACUUCUAACCGAUGUCUUAGAAAUCGAAAUCAAAGACAAAUUUGCCAAGAGCCGCCCCAUCAUCAAGCGUUUCCUGGGGAAGCUGACCAUUCCGGUGCAGAGGCUGCUGGAGCGUCAAGCCAUCGGUGAUCAAAUGCUCAGCUACAACCUCGGCCGAAGGCUCCCAGCAGACCACGUGAGUGGCUACCUCCAGUUUAAAGUAGAAGUCACGUCCUCUGUCCACGAAGAUGCAUCUCCCGAAGCUGUUGGCACCAUCCUCGGAGUCAACACUGUUAACGGAGACCUGGGCAGCCCUUCUGAUGACGAAGAUCUGCCCGGGAGCCAGCACGACAGCACCGUUUGCGCUAACGGACCAAUGUCUGAGGACAGUGCCGCCGAUGGGACCCCCAAGCAUUCUUUCCGGACUAGCUCUACUCUGGAGAUGGACACAGAGGACCUAAUCUCUACUUCCUCAAGGACCUCACCUCCCAGAGGCCGCCAGGAUUCCCUCAAUGAUUACUUAGAUGCUAUUGAACACAAUGGCCCCUCCAGGCCGGGGGCCGCCACCUCCUCCGAGCGGCCCCUAGGAGCCUCUCCCAAACUGAAGAGUAGUUUUCCCACCGACACAAGGCUGAAUGCGAUGCUCCAUAUAGACUCGGAUGAAGAAGACCACGAGUUCCAGCAAGAUCUAGGCUACCCGUCUUCCUUGGAGGAGGAAGGGGGCUUGGUCAUGCUCAGUAGAGCAUCCAGAAGUGAUGCCGGGAGCCUGGCAUCUCAGGCCAAGCCAGAGGAGGACAACCGCGUCGAGAACGAGGAUGCCUCUGUUCACGAAGUCGCUUCCUUGGAAGAGAGGCCAGAGAACCUUCCAGAGGUUGCAGAUGGCUCCUUGCCCUCAAGUGCAGCCCCUGAUGACAACGAAGCCAGCCUAGAGCCCCAUCCCGGUGCUGACCAGGGCAGCGCUGAAUUGUCAGGCUCUCAAGAGGCUGAUCAGACCCCAAGUGGCGCAGACACGGGAGCCUCUGACACGUCUGGAGGGAGCCGCAGAGCCGCCAGUGAGACCGAGUCCCUGGACCAGGGAUCCGAACCUUCCCAGGUGUCCUCGGAGACAGAACCCAGUGACCCUGCCAGGACAGAGAGCGUGAGUGAGGCCAGCACCCGGCCCGAGGGGGAGAGUGACCUGGAAGGUGCUGACAGCUCCUGCAACGACAGCGUGACCACACAGCUGUCCUCGGUGGACACCCGGUGCUCAUCUCUGGAGAGUGCUCGAUAUCCAGAAACCCCAGCCUUUUCUUCCCAAGAAGAGGAAGACGGGGCCUGUGCAGCUGAGCCCACCAGCAGCGGCCCGGCAGAGGGGUCACAGGAGUCUGUCUGCACUCCGGGUUCCUUACCUGCUGUGCAGGUGCCCAAUGGAGGAGAAGCCGAAGGGCCAGGGGCUGAGGCUGCUGCUCUAUCUGAGCAGGGGGAGCUGGGGGAGGUCUGGCAGAGGAGGGAGAGUCUGGAGGGAGCUGCUGCUGCUGCUGCUGCUCCUGAUGCUGCCACUGAGAGCCAGCCCCAGGAAGAUGGGGAUGCUGGGGACAGCCAAGGUGCCUGCGAAGGGGCCGCUGCCCAGGAGGAGGGUGCCACUGGAGGUUCACAAGCCAAUGGCCACCAGCCGUUGAGGUCACUGCCUUCAGUGCGUCAGGAUGUCAGCCGGUACCAGAGGGUGGACGAGGCUCUCCCACCAAACUGGGAGGCGCGCAUUGACAGCCACGGCAGGAUCUUCUACGUGGAUCAUGUGAACAGAACCACGACGUGGCAGCGGCCCACCGCUCCCCCCGCCCCCCAGGUCCUGCAGAGAUCCAACUCCAUCCAGCAGAUGGAACAGCUGAACCGGCGUUAUCAGAGCAUCCGGAGAACCAUGACGAAUGAGAGGCCUGAGGACAAUACCAGUGCUGUCGACGGGGCAGGGGAGGAAGCUGACUUCCACCAGGCCAGCGCAGAUUUCCGACGGGAGAGCGUCCUGCCCCACUCUACCUCCAGAUCCAGGCUCACGCUGCUGCUGCAGUCUCCCCCUGUGAAGUUUCUCAUCAGCCCAGAGUUCUUCACCGUGCUGCAUUCCAACCCUAGUGCCUACCGCAUGUUUACAAACAACACGUGUCUGAAGCACAUGAUCACCAAAGUCCGGCGGGACACCCACCACUUCGAACGCUAUCAGCAUAACCGGGACCUCGUGGGAUUCCUCAACAUGUUUGCAAACAAGCAGCUGGAGCUACCGAGGGGCUGGGAGAUGAAGCACGACCAUCAGGGCAAGGCGUUUUUUGUUGACCACAACUCCCGGACCACCACGUUCAUCGACCCUCGGCUCCCACUUCAGAGCAGCAGACCCACGAGCGCGCUGGUUCAUCGGCAACACCUGACCAGGCAACGCAGCCACAGCGCUGGCGAGGUAGGGGAAGACUCUCGGCAUGCAGGACCACCGGUUCUCCCCAGACCGUCCAGUACAUUCAAUACCGUCAGCAGGCCGCAGUACCAAGACACGGUUCCAGUGGCCUACAAUGACAAAAUUGUUGCGUUUUUGCGUCAACCCAACAUCUUUGAAAUUCUACAAGAGCGUCAACCCGAUCUUACCAGAAACCACUCACUCAGGGAGAAGAUCCAGUUUAUCCGAACUGAAGGGACCCCUGGAUUGGUUCGGCUCUCCAGCGACGCGGACCUCGUCAUGCUCCUGAGCCUGUUUGAGGAAGAGAUAAUGUCCUAUGUGCCUCCACAUGCCUUACUCCACCCCAGCUACUGUCAGUCCCCGCGAGGCUCCCCCGUGUCAUCUCCCCAGAACUCACCAGGUACUCAGCGUGCCAAUGCCCGGGCUCCAGCCCCAUACAAGAGAGAUUUUGAAGCCAAACUGAGGAACUUUUACAGGAAGCUAGAAACAAAAGGAUACGGACAAGGCCCGGGGAAAUUAAAGUUAAUUAUCCGAAGGGACCACUUGCUAGAGGAUGCUUUCAAUCAGAUUAUGGGCUACUCCAGAAAAGACCUGCAGAGGAAUAAGCUGUACGUCACCUUCGUUGGGGAAGAAGGGUUGGAUUAUAGCGGACCUUCCAGAGAAUUUUUCUUCUUGGUAUCCAGAGAACUCUUUAACCCCUAUUAUGGCUUAUUUGAAUAUUCAGCCAAUGACACAUACACCGUACAAAUAAGUCCUAUGUCUGCUUUUGUAGACAAUCACCAUGAAUGGUUCCGGUUCAGUGGGAGGAUUCUCGGCCUUGCGCUAAUCCACCAGUAUCUGUUGGACGCCUUCUUCACGCGACCCUUCUAUAAGGCUCUUCUCAGAAUCCUGUGUGACCUGAGCGACCUGGAGUACCUCGAUGAGGAGUUCCACCAGAGCCUCCAGUGGAUGAAAGACAAUGACAUCCAUGACAUUCUCGACCUCACGUUCACUGUGAACGAAGAAGUGUUUGGACAGAUUACUGAACGAGAGUUAAAACCAGGAGGAGCCAACAUCCCGGUCACAGAGAAGAACAAGAAGGAGUACAUCGAGAGGAUGGUGAAGUGGAGGAUCGAGAGGGGUGUGGUGCAGCAGACCGAGAGCCUCGUCCGCGGUUUCUACGAGGUGGUGGAUGCCAGGCUAGUAUCUGUCUUUGAUGCGCGAGAGUUGGAGCUGGUCAUCGCUGGCACCGCUGAAAUAGACCUCAAUGACUGGAGAAACAACACUGAAUACAGAGGCGGGUACCACGACAAUCACAUCGUAAUUCGGUGGUUCUGGGCUGCCGUAGAACGAUUCAACAAUGAGCAGCGACUAAGGUUGUUACAGUUCGUUACAGGUACCUCUAGCAUACCCUAUGAAGGAUUCGCUUCUCUCCGAGGGAGUAAUGGCCCAAGAAGGUUCUGUGUAGAGAAAUGGGGAAAAAUCACCGCGCUUCCCAGAGCCCACACUUGUUUUAACCGCCUGGAUCUCCCUCCGUACCCUUCCUUUUCCAUGCUGUAUGAGAAACUCUUGACAGCAGUUGAAGAGACCAGCACCUUUGGACUUGAGUGAGCUGGGAAGAGGAUGCUCGGCUCUUGGCGGACAGGCAGCGUCAGAAGCCCGCCUCCAGAAGAGUGGCAGAGCAGUGGUAGUCUCAAGCCCACGGUUCCAGGAGAACAAACUGCGUGUUGCUCUUGAGGAACACAGGCUCGUGUGUUGGGGGGCUGGCUGUGAGUGCUCUUGGAAGCAUUGGGGUGAGCUCAGUGCCCGUGGAACAACCCAACAGUCUUUCAAUCAACAGUUCUUGACUGCCAAACCUUUCCCAUGCGUUAUGUUUCAAGAUAAAGGUGAACCUGCACUUGAUCAACUCCAUGGGGGACUUUCAGCGACUCUGGAGAAUCUUGGAACGCUCCCGUCGGGCAUACUUCAAGCCAAACUGGCAGCACUUGGCCCAAUCUCCAAAUUAGUGCAAGUGAAAGAAUAUCAUAAAAAAAAUAUAUAUUUCCUGAAAGUACAUUUGUUUAAGCCCUAAGUUAUAACCGAAAUGUUCAUUUCUUGCUUACACGUGCCUGCAUGGUGUCCACUAUAGGUUUCGACAUUCAUGGAACACGAGUGAGACGAAGUCAGUAUGAGGUAACUGUAAAGAUUUGCCACAAGGUGGUCCUGUAACAAUGUAUACGCAAGUGGUAUGUGUGUCAUUACGGCUGAAGACAAACUUGCUCAGUGAAUUACUAAUGACAGGUCUGAUGCUUUAUAAUGCAUGAAAACAGUUUUCAAAUAACUAGCAGUUAAUCACAGCAUAUCAGGAAAAUAUACACAGUGGUUUCUGUUUUUUUUUAUAGGUUCAUUAUAUUUUUGUUCUCUAAGAUGUAUAUAAGGACCUAGCUACCAUAUUGUCCGUACCUCCUCUUCAUUUUCACUUACUUCAUUGCUUACUCGGGCAUCUGGCUAGUCUGUCUCCUUGUGAGCCCGCUCAAGGGAACUAAAGGGCCUUUUAUUUUUAUAAAGGUUACAAAAAAAAUCCCCCCAAAUAUUUUGCACUGAACGUACCAAAGUCGAAGGGACAUUACAAUAUGACUAACAGCAGCUCCAUCUCUUGCUGAGUACAACAGACGUUGCUUCUAAAUCAGAUUUCCUCCCCAGUGCCAUGGCAGGCACUGCGAGGACUGUGCAUCUAAGUAAUAAUUUUUUAAGACUCACACUAUGUGAUAGAAUGAUAUGCAUUUAUUUAAAAAUGCAUUAGAUUCUCUUCCAUCCAUCGACUACUUUACAGGAUGGCAUUUAUUACAGAAAUUUCGUAUUCCAACCCCCACUGCUUUUUAUUUGUACAGCGUCAUUGAACGGCAAGCUUGGUUAGGGAGCCGUCGCCAGUGUCAGAGAGGCCAACCCUCCUCGUAGGAAGAAUCCCACUUUCCCUCAUCAGUGAAGGAUACCACGAAUUGAAAACUCUCGGCACUAUAUUUCUAAGCCUGCAUUUUCACUGAUGCAUACCUUUCUUAUUAAUAUCAAGAAAAUGUCUUUUCUAUGAUCUCUCAGACACUGCAUGACAUCACUGACAAGCCUUUUUAAUUUAAUAAAAGGAUAUCCUUCGUUUUAAUUGCUUUCGGGACUGUCCCAUGCCAUUGUUUGUUCGUUGAUUUAUGACAUCCCUAGGCAGACACACAAUUCAGUGAGGUGAGGUGGAACUGAGGGCGGGAAAACCCAUUGGAUUAGCAUUUAAUCUGCCAUCUGGGGGGAGGGGACGUUCCAGGCAUUCCCUACACAUUGCUCCGAGCAUCUUGUUUAUAACUGGCGUGGGCUUCUGUGGUGGGAUGUGGGUGACUUUGCAGGUCACGGGCUUACAUGCACAGGUACCCAGAGGUGUGUAGCAAGAGCAGUUACUCUCCUGCUAGUGAAGCUGUGUGUCCCGUUGGAUCCUCAGGAGGAAUGAUGUUCACGUUGUGUUACAGUGUUAAAAGAUAAGCACUGGAUGUGGGAAAACAUUCCAGGAGAAAAGCUUAUAGGAACCUGGAAAAGAUAUGAAGACUAUUUAUUUGUAUACCAUAAUUGGGCCAGAAAAAAAAAAAACCUAAACCUUUUUGACUGGAAUUAUUAGUUUGUACUUAUUUGCCACGAAUACAAGUAUAUAUUUAAUUUUUGCAAACUUCUUUUGUUUGUGUUUUUUCACCAUAAGGAAAGCAGAGCACAUCAACACGCUCUUAGAAUCACACUUUGAUGUGUCAGAGCCUCCCCUGACAGCUGCCACAGGGUCUCCUCAAAGGAAAGCUGCCUUUCCUUCAGAAGUACAUGUCUAAGCCGCGUUAGUGUUCAUUUGAGGCGUUUUGCCACCCACCGUAUGCCCUAUUGUUAGCAGAAGAUAUUGGAAAUAACAUGUACCCCUUUAUUCCUAAUUGAUGCUAUUUUGUUGAUGAUAAGGUAUCCAACUUCCCAAAUAACCAUUUUAGAUGUGCUCAGACGUUCUUAAAAUAGUACAAUUUAGUCUAGUUGGCCCUGUUCUGAGAGUUGGAAAAUUAGCAAAAUUGGAGAUAGCAUAUCAGAAAGCCAGGAUAACUUGUCUGCUGUUCUGGGUAAAACCAAAAGCACACAAUAACAGCUAGUAAAAGUUAGACAACAUAGCCCCUGAAUAAAUUAGAUGUUAUUGUACGCCACAAUUAGAAAUAUCCAUAACUGUGUUCUUCUGGAAUGUGGACCCCAGUAACUUGGCUCUUUGGUUUGGUUUGAAGAGAUUUCUAAAUGAGGCUGCUAACAGCAUAAAAGACAGUUUUGGUACCCCAUCAUCGUUCAAAGCACAGGCACACCGUUGGAGUUCCCUCCAUGCCAGUCACUCAUUUGAUGAUGGAGCCCCAAGAUUCUGAAUCUGGCCUCCAGAAAAAUGCUCAUGGUGUACUAGAGAGGGCAUUGAGUUUCCAAAACAAUUUAAAAUAAAAGACCAAGUUCUACAAUUCAUGAGUGAAGAGAGAAUAACCUAUCCCACCCCUCCCCCAGAUUCUUGGUUAUAGCUUCAUGUAUGUGAAAGCAUGUAGCUAAAAGUCAUUAUCAUAUAUGUGCUGUUUCUCUUGGUAACAUCAAGGGUGUCAUAGAAUAUCAGUGCUGGUAAAUCUUGAGACCCAAAAUGCAUUCAUAAUGAGGAGGGUUUCAAGUCUGUAGAUGGGGCCUGAGUUGUGAAGGAGCAAGUCAAGGGUCUUUAAAUUACCAAAGAAAUAUCAAAAUGAAGUCUGGAUAUUUCCUCCCAUUCCAGCGCUACACACACGUUCCAUUUUCAGUGUAAAAUAUCACAGUUCCUGAGCCAACACCACACCUGGGAUCAGAACAUCUCUCUGGCGCACAAAAUGAAUGGAAGUCUGUUUUCUAGUACAUGCUGUAUUUAUACUUUAAUGGUCACUCUGUAAUAAAUAAAUAUAAAAGAUGCUAUUGAA